AUGGCAACAGCAAGUGGUAGCCUCACUUUUUAUACUUUUUCUUUCCCUUUUUCCUUUGUUUUUUUUUUCUCUUUUGUUGAUCUUUCUUUAUUCCAUAUAAUUCUAAAUAACCUUUUAUUUCUCUUUUUCUUACACAUAAUUCAGUCUCUUUCUUUUGUACUUCUUUCCUUUCUAUCAUUUGUUCAUAAUCUUCCCCUUCCUAUUUUCUUUCUGUUUUUCAUUCAUGUUUUUAUCCCUCCAUUUUGCCCUUUUCUUUUUAUAAAAUCUCAUUAUAUUUCUAUUAUGUUCUCUUUUGUUUCUUUCAUAUUGUUUCAUUACUUGCAUUCAGUUCAUGCCUCCUCUCUCUCUCUCUUUCUCUCUCUCUUUCUCUCUCCUUAUUUUAUCUUUACUAAAUUAAUUCGUUCAUCUCAUUCUCUGUCUCCUGCUUCUUUCCCCUACUCUCUCUCUCUCUCCUGUCCCUUUCUCUGUCACUCUCCUGUCCCUUUCUCUUUCUCUCCUGUCCCUUUCUCUCUCUCUCUCCUGUCCCUUUCUCUCUCUCUCUCUCUUUCUCUCUCUCUCUCUUUCUCUCUCUCUCUCUCCUGUCCCUUUCUUGUUUCCUCUCCUGUCCCUCUUACUUUUUUAUUUACCUUAUCUGCUUUACAAUUUGUUCCUAAAAGUUUACUUUUGUCCCUUUGUCUCUCUUUUUCUUUCAUUAUUUGCUCUCUUCCUAUCUUCUCUUAUUGGGAAUAG